AUGUAUCCAUGGUUGGCGCUUCGGCCAGAACUACGAUACCCGCGCAGCUCGGGGGAUUUUUCUGGUAUAAUUCCCCGCAUGAAACUCCAUUCUCCAUACCUAAUAUGCGGAGCGCAACAACAUUGGGGUGCAAAGUCUAUAAAAGGAAAUACAUCCACAAUGACAGGACACCCAGCUAACCUACCCAAAUUCUCUGAUCUGCCUUUGAACAAAGGAGAUCCUCUAUUCCCUGCACGGGGACUGUAUGGGAAGGAUGACCAGUUAGGCUUCCUGAACCGCCAGACAGAUGCCAUGGUGGCGGAGGCUGCGAAGGAGAUAAAGACGGGAGAGGGGUGA